GUAAAUUUGCCUGAUUUAAAUGUUAUGCAUUAAAAGUAACACAAAUUAUAGGUAUACUUUCCUGUGAUAGAUAAAACAUUGUCACUUGUCACUGACUUUCAACUCAAUCAAAAUUUUGCUAAAGUACGUCCUUUUUAAAUGAUAAAGUUGUCUAUGGCCUAUUUAAAAACAAUAAUUUGGAGUUAGAAAUGGCGUUCCUGCUAUUAAUAAUAACGUUAUGUCUGAACUUUGAAUUAACUCUUCUGGUAUCUCUAAGGAAAACAACUACUGCUUUACCACAGAAAAACGAUCAUCAAAACAUAUCGCUGUUGCUGGAUAACUUAUUAAGAGGAUAUGACAAUAGCGUACGUCCAGAUUUCGGAGGCCCACCCACUAUUGUUGAAGUGGACAUAAUGGUAAGAAGCAUGGGUCCAAUAUCUGAGAUAGAUAUGACUUAUUCAAUGGACUGUUAUUUUCGCCAGUCAUGGAUGGACAAACGUUUAUCGUUUUUUGCUAGUAGCAAUUACACUCUCGCUUUAAGCAUCUCCAUGUUAGCCAAAAUUUGGAAACCGGACACAUACUUUUACAAUGGAAAACAAUCGUAUCUUCAUACAAUUUCUACACCGAAUAAAUUCGUUAGAUUGCACCAUGAUGGACAAGUUUUAUAUUCUUCCAGGUUGACGAUAAAAGCAGGUUGUCCCAUGAACUUGGAAGAUUUUCCCAUGGACGUUCAAAAAUGUCCUUUAAAAUUCGGUUCUUUUGGGUAUACCAAUCUCGAUUUGAUAUACAGAUGGAACAAAGCUAGACAGGUGGCCAUAGCGGAUGACAUGAAACUGUCACAAUUUGAUCUAAUUGCUACACCUGCCGGCAAUAACACUAUCAAUAUUUUUAAUAGUGAAACAAAUUCAGUAGAGUAUUCGAUGUUAUUGGUGAGUUUCCAUCUUCAACGACAUAUGGGAAAUUUUUUGAUACAGGUGUAUGGACCUUGCAUGCUAUUGGUGGUUUUAUCCUGGGUCUCUUUUUGGUUGAACCGUGAAGCUACAGCUGAUAGAAUAUCACUGGGUAUAACGACAGUAUUAACAAUGACUUUUUUGGGUCUAGAAGCAAGAACCAAUCUACCAAAAGUCCCAUAUCCGACAGCUUUGGAUUUCUUCGUGUUUCUAUCAUUUUCAUUCAUUUUUGCAACAAUCAUACAGUUUGCAGUAGUUCACUAUUUUACUAAAUACGGAUCAGGAGAAUGUUAUUUUAGCUUCAGUUCAGAUUCGAGUAGUGAUGAAGAAGAUUGGACUCAUUUGAAACCAAGAACUUCAAAAUCUGUAGCGAAAAGCGUGGAGGAAUGUUCAAAACCUAACCCACGUUUCGAAGAAAUCAUCCACCUUCAAGACGUUAUAUCUUCUCCACCCGCAAAACCGUCUGCGCAAAAACUAUCAUGUUUACCUCAAACUCAUCCACCGGGAAUGACGGCUCGAAGAGGUAGCGCAAUGUCCAGAAGACUUUCUCUUCAAACCAAUAAUUCUUACAAAAGGAAAAAGAGGUCUCCAAGGUUCAAUUCGGUGUCGAAAAUAGAUAGAGUGUCGAGAAUUUUGUUUCCUGCACUAUUUUUGGCUAUAAAUACUUUUUAUUGGAUUUCGUAUCUUUCAAAAUCUAGUAAAAAUAUAUAAAAAAGGAAAAUAAUUCCGAAUUCAAAUGUGACUGAGAAAUAAAGAGAAGCAUUCGAAGAUUAUCACAGAAAAAGUCGAGCGAUUCCUUCACUCCGAAAAACAGCUACUUCUUUGACUUUGGAUUAUACCCAAGGAAAACUAGCAGAUAGAUAGUUUCGUCCUUACUAGGAUUCUUCGACAGGAAAUAGAAAUUCUCACUUCUAAUAGGGAAUUAUGGGCCUUGGCAAAUGUAUAAUGAACUAAGUUGUUGAUUGUUGUUGACAAUUUCUACAAUAAUUUAUAUAAAAAGUAAUAAAAUAAGUGAAUCAAAUCUAAAAAAG